AGCGCAGCGGGGGCCGGGGCCCUGGGUCGGGGCUGCGCCCCUGCGCCCCACCGCGGGACGGGCCCGGCCUCACCCCGCCCGGGGCCGUCCCAACCCGCCGGCCGCGGCCUACCCGCGGGCGCACAGCCCCAGCGCCGCGCAGGAGCAGGGCCGGGCCCGAGCCAGCCCGGCGCGGUGAGUGCCUGCGCGGCGCUGGGGCUCAGGCCGAGGCCGCGCCGUAAGGGCGUUGCUGAGGCGGGGCCGAGCCGCGGGCGGUGGAGGCCGGGCGGUAUGAUCGGCACCGUGCUCUGCUACGUGCUGCUUCCGGCGGCGCGGCUCCUCCGGGCCCUCCGAGUGAGUCUGACUGACGUAACUACAAUUGGACUGUGGCCUAACAUUCAGGAAGAGGCAAGAUGCUUUCUUUACCUGUCGAAAGAAUGUGCUUCUGGCGAAGAGCACGUCCACCCAGAUAGAAGGUGUCUUUGCUGCAGCCAGAGGAAAGUCGGUCCCAGAAGAGCAAGAAGCCCUUCUCCAGCAGUGGCUGGAGGAAGGAGCAGGGAAUUUGCCAGCCAGUGAGAGUGUUCCAGCAGUGGGGAAAGUAUCGGUUACGUUCACUAGUGACUGGGUAGAAGGUUCAGAGCUAUUGAUGACUAGCCUUAGUGACCUCAAUUCGGCUCCGGAAGUCACCCGGUGUGCUGGUCAGCAGCUUACAGAGCUACACGCCUUGGCUUCUUCAGAACUGCACGAUCAUCCAGUGACUGAACUGGCAAAAUUACCAGCAGAGGAAACUGUGGCUGUAGCAGGCAGUGCCCCUCAGGCAGCAGUGGUGCCUCAGACAGACCACCAGAUAGCUGGCUGUGCUGCUGUCAAGGUAGAAGUGCAGAAUGAAGACCCAGCUGUGCUGGCCUGGAGUUUAGCGCAUGAUGCAGAGACGGUGCCAACAGAGCCCCCAGCUUGGCCCAUUCAGGACACGGUACAAUUUUGUCCUCUCCCAACAGAGGUACCCUACCAUGAGGUUUUAUGGAGAGACUGGGAGGAUCUUUCUGUCCAGCCCUGUGCGCUAGAGCAGGUCUCAGAAGACACCCCUCUCUUUGAAUUUCGAGUUAUGUCUUACAACAUCCUUGCCCAGGACCUGGUGGAGCAGGGCCUUGAUCUCUAUGCACAUUGUCAUCCAGACAUCCUGAACUGGAACUACCGCCUUCCAAACCUUUUGCAGGAGAUCCAGCACUGGGAUCCUGAUGUUCUGUGUCUGCAGGAGGUGCAAGAGAACCAUUACUGGGAGCAGCUGGAACCGACAUUCAAGGAGAUGGGCUUUGCAUGCUUCUAUAAACGGAGAACCGGAACAAAGACAGAUGGCUGUGCAGUGUGCUAUAAGCACAGUAGGUUCCAGCUGAUCAGCCUCAGCCCCAUAGAAUACUUCCGGCCUGGCCUGGACAUCCUCAAUCGAGAUAAUGUGGGCUUGGUGCUGCUGCUACAGCCUCUGCUGCCAGAGGGCCUAGAUCUGAAGGCAGUCAGUCCUUUGUGUGUGGCCAACACUCAUGUGUUGUUUAAUCCCCGGAGGGGAGAUAUCAAACUGGCCCAGAUGGCCUUGCUCCUAGCAGAGAUUGACAAGAUUGCAAAAACUACUGAAGGCGGCUAUUAUCCUGUCAUCUUGUGUGGAGACCUGAACUCUGUACCUGAUUCUCCACUCUACAAAUUCAUCCGGAACGGUGAGCUUUCCUACCAUGGGAUGCCAGCAUGGAAGGUGUCUGGUCAGGAAGACUUUUCCCAACAGUUGUAUUCACGGAAACUGCUGGCCCCACUGUGGCCGAGCUCACUGGGUGUAACAGACAAGUGCCAAUAUGUUGCCCUUUGCCAGCCAAAAAAACCAGGCAGACGUAAGUACAGCCGGGACUUCCUGCUCCAGUUUCAUUUUUGUGAUGUUGCCUGUGAACGACCACCGCAGCUGGUCCUCUUGGAAGGUGUGACAGAUGCUAAACCAGACUGCCCUGCACACUGGCCCAAACCUGCUGCCAUGGUGAAGGACCCCGAUCCCCAACCAUUCAUCCCAAGGUCUUCAGGCAUUAUCCAGCAUGGCCUCAACCUGACCUCUGUGUACAGCCACUUCCUGCCACAGAGGGGAUGCCCCGAGGUCACAACGAUGCCCAUGGGGCUUGGAGCCACUGUCGAUUAUAUCUUCUACUCGGCAGAGCCUGUGGAGAAUGGGAACAGAGGGCGUCGCAGGCUGUACCGGGAUGGAGCUCUGAAGCUGCUUGGCCGCCUUUCCCUUCUCUCUGAAGAUGUCCUGUUGCUGGCAAAUGGCUUACCAAAUCCUUUUUGUUCAUCUGAUCAUCUCUGCCUGCUGGCUAGCUUUGGCUUGGAGAUCACCAGCCUCAGAGAGGAGUUAUCUGCAGCAAGGCCAGGAAGGCGCUUGGAAAUCACCACAACAUCCGACCCCACACUGCAACAAGCUCUGCAAGCGUUCGCUCACUCCUCUUAAAACUCUUUGGCAUCAAGGGUCUCUUUUCUGGCAGACACCGUUCUGUGGAAGAAUGCUUUCUGAUGUGGGAGGCUGCACCCAAAUUUAAUUUCUUCUGGUUCAAAGACUCACCUUUGCCUGUCUCACUUACUCUUCCACCUCAAGUAUUCGGACUCUUCUAAAUUUAUCCUUCCUCGUCUUUUAAUUAUUUAUGCCGCCUUCCUCUCUAGGGCAAACCAUCUCCCUUCCAGGGGUCUCGCACAUCAGACACCUGGAGUCUGUUUUCCAGCAAGGCCUCAGAAGCAGAGGGUGCUGCUGGCGCGGUGGGGCCGGGCAGGGCCGGGCCCCGCGGCACCCGCCCGC